AUGGUGACCCUGGUCACACUUGUUGCCCAUUGCGUGGUGGGACAGGCAGUGGUGCUGAAAAAAAGCUCGUUUCUCUUGCUAUGGAGUCAGCUGCGGCCCGGAGCGUGGAAGGCAUACCUGCGGGAGACUGGGAGACUGGGAUUAAGAGGAGACUGUGAUGUGCUGGAGUGGGAGCCGGCUGGUUGGUUCCAGACCGUCCACCAGGAGAGCAGUGGAGUUCGGUCCGCCUUUGCUCAGCCCCCAAAGAAAGCCAGCCGUUACUCGACUCUUCUCCAACCUAACAUUCAUUCUCUGUUGUUGUCAGUGGCGGCACCUGACUUGCUGGAUCCUAAAUCUGCCGCUCAGAACUCCAAACCGAGGCUCUCGUUUUCCACGAAACCCACAGUGCUCGCUUCCCGGGUGGAGAGUGACACGACCAUUAAUGUUAUGAAAUGGAAGACGGUCUCCACGAUUUUCCUGGUGGUGGUUCUCUAUCUGAUCAUCGGAGCCACCGUGUUCAAAGCCUUGGAGCAGCCUCAUGAGAUUUCCCAGAGGACCACCAUUGUGAUCCAGAAGCAAACAUUCAUUUCCCAACACUCCUGUGUCAAUUCGACUGAGCUGGACGAACUCAUCCAGCAAAUAGUGGCAGCAAUAAAUGCAGGGAUUAUACCUUUAGGAAACACCUCCAAUCAAAUCAGUCACUGGGAUUUGGGAAGUUCCUUCUUCUUUGCUGGCACUGUUAUAACAACUAUAGGAUUUGGAAAUAUCUCACCGCGCACAGAAGGGGGAAAAAUAUUCUGUAUCAUCUAUGCCUUACUGGGAAUUCCCCUUUUUGGUUUUUUGUUGGCUGGAGUUGGUGAUCAAUUAGGGACCAUAUUUGGAAAAGGAAUUGCAAAAGUGGAAGAUACGUUUAUUAAGUGGAAUGUUAGUCAGACCAAGAUUCGCAUCAUCUCAACGAUCAUAUUUAUACUGUUUGGCUGCGUGCUCUUUGUUGCCCUGCCCGCGAUCAUAUUCAAGCACAUAGAAGGCUGGAGUGCCCUGGACGCCAUUUAUUUUGUGGUCAUCACUUUAACAACCAUUGGAUUUGGCGACUACGUUGCAGGUAAGUUUUUCCUGGCACCGACCCUACUUGCCUAG